CUCACUCUCCCUCUCCCUCCCCCCAGGCAGCUCCUGGACCGGGACACCUUCUCCAAGUCGGACCCCCUGUGUGUGUUGUACACGCAGCGCCCGGGCAGCCACCAAUGGCGGGAGUUUGGCCGGACCGAGGUCAUCGACAAUUCCCUGAAUCCCGAUUUCCUGCGGAAGUUCGUGCUGGAUUUCUGCUUCGAGGAGCGGCAGAACCUGCGCUUCGACCUGUACGACGUGGACUCCAAGAGCCCCGACCUCUCCAAGCACGAUUUCCUGGGCCAGGCCUUCUGCACCCUGGGCGAGAUCGUGGGCGCUGCCGGCGGCCGCCUGGAGAGACCCCUCACGUGA